AAAGGAGUUUCAAUUUUCCAUUACAGAUUACACAGCAUGGCAUCAUAUGCAUAGAUAAUACACUUAUCAGACGUCACGCGACACAAAAUGUAGAAAAUGUUAUGUCAAAAUAAAUAGGUAGGCAAUACAAAUAAUUAACAGUUCUAAUUAUCAAAAGAUCUACCCUCCUCAUAGGAACUGACUACCUGUUCGAAAUAAAUAAAACUACUUAAUUUUAUGUUCUCAAUCAACGUUAAGGGCUGUAAGGAAGCAGCGGCCCCCCUCAUGUAUUAUUGUCUUAUUAUCGUUGACUUUAUCAAGAAUAUUGUUUAUAAAUAAAUAUAAGAAAAUGUUGGGAAAUCUGAAAGAUUUCCUGUCCGUCGUCCAAGAAGGUUUAACUUCAAACAAUAAUUUGCGUCAAACGCUACAAGAAGUUCAAAAAGUGACAGGAAUUUUCAAGGAAAAACAGAAAGUCGCAACCGAGGACAAAGUUAACUACGGAACUGGCGGUGCCUUACUAGAGAAAUAUCAAGAUGCUUGGGUUGAAAUACAUGGCAACGCUGAUAGUAAUUCUAAAGCCGCCGAUGAAGUAGAUAAAUUGAUUCUAGAACUACACCAAGAGACGUCAUCGCGAUUAAAAAGUGCUCACGAUUUGGCACAGGGAUUGAGUCACAUACCCGCCUUGACUGCAGCGGUGGCAGAAUGCAUGGACAGCAUGAAAACCCUGCAAGCCUUAAUGAAGACUGUGGAGGAGGAAUUAGCAGAAUUUGAGGAUAUUGUAGAGAAAAGCAAACAAGAAAACUGGAAACUAGAUCAUCAGUAUCAUCUAACAUUGUAUAAAGAGAAGAAAAUGGCGUCAUUGGAAGAAGUUCGCAACAAACUGGCCAGAGAGAACACAGAGAAGAGCAUAGAGAAAGAGAAGCAACAAAUAGCUAAUUUACAAGUUAAAAGAGAAGACAGUGAGAUGGCCUUUAAAUAUGAUGUCGCCAAAUAUUUAGCUAAUGGAAAUUUACCUACAGGUUUGUUUCUUUAACUUAUAUUUUUAGGCUUAGUUUAUUGUAUAAUACAUGCUUUUACUGGUGAAUUCAGUGUCUACAUAAUUCAUCAAUUGCCUUGUUUGUUUUAGUUCCAAAGCCAGUUUCGUCAAAAGUGACUUUAGAACAGAUACAGUUGGACGAAGACAAAACAGAUCUUGAGAAGUUCCUGGAUAGUUGAUUGUAUAUGUUGGACUUUUUAAUUUUAAGUACAGUAAAUAGAUGAAGAAACACAGAGCUUUUAUAUAGUAAGUUAUGAUAUAUUCCAGAUUCUUUACACCAAAGUUGAAAAUAAAACUGUUUUUAUUAUAAA